AUGAAUAAUUAUAAGUCUUUGUAAAAAAUAUUUCCUAUAUUAAUAGUUCAAAUCCAGUUUAUGAACCAAUACAGACACCUUUAACACCGUAUAUUUUAAACUUUAUUUUAGAAAAUAUGAAGCUCUUUUUUCAUCUUAAAUAUAAAAUACUACUAAUUCCAAUGAAAAUAUCGAUUAGUUAAAAUAGGAAUCUAAUUAAAAUAAUUCAUUAAGAAAAAGUGCUUAAUUUGCUAAUGAAAUUAGACAUAGUGCAAGAAGUUCAUUAAGUGAAGUGGAAUUGAGAAAUAUUGUUAAACAUAAAAAAUAUAUUGCCUGUCAAAUAUUUUGA